UGAGGUUUGAAGAAGACGAAAAAUUCUCCAGUCAAGCUGCGCAGAGAGGAACUACAGGGCCGAGAGGUCCUCCCGGGUUUCUGUCGCUGUCUAGUGCUUUUUUAUUUGUUGCGGAGAGUUUGGGAACCAAAGUGUCCAAAACCGUGCGUCAACUUUGAGUUGUUUUUGUGUUGUACUGAAGCGAAGCGCGGAGCGCAGAGAGGAGGAUGUCAACUUCUGACGAGACAGACGGGCUCCGGCCGAGAUAUGGCUCCGUCCUGGAUGGCGUGGAGCGGCUCACGGCGGAGGAGAUGGACGAGCAGCGGCAGCAGAACAUGGCCUACGAGUACCUGUGUCACCUGGAGGAAGCCAAACGAUGGAUGGAGGCCUGUCUGGACGAGGAGUUGCCUCCCACCACGGAGCUGGAAGAGGGGCUGAGGAACGGCGUCUAUCUGGCCAAACUGGGCAACUUCUUCGCCCCGAAAACCGUCUCCCUCAAGAAGAUCUACGACCGCGAACAGACGCGCUACAAGGCGACCGGUCUCCAUUUCAGACACACAGACAACGUCAUCCAGUGGCUCAACGCCAUGGCAGAGAAGGGACUGCCAAAGAUCUUCUACCCAGAAACCACAGACAUAUAUGACAGAAAGAACAUGCCACGCUGCAUCUACUGUAUACAUGCACUCAGCUUGUACCUGUUCAAGCUCGGCCUGGCCCCUCAGAUCCAGGAUCUUUAUGGAAAAGUAGAUUUCACCGAGGAGGAGAUCAACAACAUGAAGAGUGAGCUGGAAAAGUAUGGGAUCCAGAUGCCCGCCUUCAGCAAGAUCGGCGGGAUCCUGGCCAAUGAGCUCUCGGUGGAUGAAGCUGCAUUACAUGCCGCUGUGAUCGCCAUCAACGAGGCCAUCGACCAGGGCGUACCGGAGGGCACUGUGGCCGCUAUGCAGAACCCCAACGCCAUGCUGGUCCAGCUGGACCCCAGCGCUGCUCACCAGUACCACGACACGCUGUACCAGGCCAAGGGAAUGAAGGUGGCCAACUCACGCAAACGGCAAAUGGAGAACACCGAGGCAGAGAGAGAUAUCUACGAUGAGCUUCUCACCCAGGCUGAAAUCCAGGGCAACGUCAAAAAGGUCAACGUGAGCAACGCCUUGAGUGCAGCCGAACAGGCGUUGCUGAGUGGCGAUGAGGACAAGUUAUACGAGGCCCUUAAAGCCAUGGGGGUUCAGAACCUGCAGGUCCAGAACAAAGGCUGGUACCUCAAGCAGCUGCAGGCCGACCGGGAGAAUAAAGACCAGGCGUCUCCGGGAGAAGCCCUGACUAAGGACGAGUUGCAGAGCGGCGUGGACGUGGCCAAUGAGAUUGCAGAAGGCUACCUAAAGAUGAUGAAGGCAGUGGAACGCAUCAACGGCGCCGUCAGGGCGGGCGUGCCGGAGAAGACAGUGGAGGAGCUGAUGAACCCCGAUGCUCAGCUGCCGGAAGUCUACCCGAGUGCUGCAGACCUCUACCAGAGAGAGCUGUUGAGCCUGCAGCAGCAGAGCCCGGAGGGCUCGCUGUCCCACCCCGAGCUGCUCGUUGCUGUGGAGAUGCUGUCGUCGGUGGUGCUGAUGAACCAGGCGAUGGACGUCGGAGACCGAGCCGCACUCUGGAAGCAGCUGUCCAGCAACGUCACUGGACUCAGUAAUGUGGAGGAUGAAUAUGCACAGAGGUACAUGGACGAACUGAUGCAUCUCAAGGCGGCAGCCAGAGAGGACGGCUGCGACUUUCUCACCUGGAACGACAUUCAAGCCUCUAUCGACCAAGUCAACCAGACUGUGCAGGAGGAGCAUGAACGUAUUGCCGCCAUCGGACUGAUCAACGAGGCCCUGGACGAAGGGGAUCCCACGAAGACCCUGUCCAUGUUGCAGAACCCCUCAGCCAAGCUCACGGACGUGGACCCGUCUGUGGCGCAGCACUACCACGAUAAACUGCUGGAGGCCCGCAGAGAGAAAGCUCACGAGACCCAGGACCCCUCUGCUGUGCUGUGGCUGGAUGAGAUCCAGGACGCCGUUCUGAGGGCGAACCAGGACACUCAGGAAGCCUUACAGUUCUCGCAGUCCAUCCAGGCCGUCAACGAGGCGGUGGACAGCGGCGAACCGGCUCAGACCCUGGCUGCUCUGAGAAGACCCGGGGCGGGACUCUACGGAGUCACCUCGGAGUGUUCCCAGACCUACCAGGAUGACCUGUCCAAGAUCAAAGACGAGAAGAAGACAGAGGGCGAUAAUGGCAGCGAGUGGGUGAAACACUGGGUGAAGGGAGGACACAACUACUAUUAUAACCUGCAGACCAAAGAGGGCACCUGGGUGGAGCCGGAGGGCUUCCUGCAGAACAACACCCAGCUCAACAAGGAGGACAUCCAGUCGGUGGUUUCCGGUGUAACCACGGCCUACAAUCGAGAGCAGCUGUGGCUGGCCAACGAGUCUCUCAUUGCCAAGCUGCAGGCCCGCUGCCGUGGCUACCUGGUGAGGAACGGCCAAAAGGAGCGGAUGAACUUCCUGAAAUCACAAGACCCUGCUGUUACAUGCAUACAGGCGCACUGGAAAGGCCACAAACAGAGGAAGAAGUUCAAAGAGCGUAAACAGUAUCUGGAGGAGCACAGCGACGAGGCCGUCAAGAUCCAGUCCAUGGUCCGGAUGCACCAAGCUCGUAAGAAAUACAAGGAUCGUCUGAAGUACUUCCAGGACCACAUCAGUCAGGUGGUGAAGAUUCAGGCUUUCAUUAGAGCCAACAAGGCCAGAGACGACUACAAGACGCUGAUCAGCGCCGAGGACCCUCCGAUGGCGGUGGUGAGGAAGUUCGUCCACCUGCUGGACCACAGCGACCAGGACUUCCAGGAGGAGCUGGAGCUGAUGCGUCUCCGCGAGGAGGUGGUCACCAACAUCCGCUCCAACCAGCAGCUGGAGAACGACCUGAACCUGAUGGACAUCAAGAUCGGCCUGCUGGUGAAGAACAAGAUCACGCUGCAGGAGGUGGUGUCCCACAGCAAGAAGCUGACCAAGAAGAACAAGGGCCAGCUGUCCAACAUGAUGAUGAUGAACAAGCAGAGGGGGGGGCUGAAGGCCCUCAGCAAGGAGAAGAGGCUCAAACUGGAAGCCUACCAGUACCUCUUUUACCUGCUACAGACCAACCCCACGUAUCUCGCCAAGCUGAUCUUCCAGAUGCCGCAGAAUAAAUCCACAAAGUUCAUGGACUCUGUGAUCUUCACCCUUUAUAACUACGCCUCCAACCAGAGGGAGGAGUACCUGCUGACCAAGCUCUUCAAAACGGCCCUGCAGGAGGAGAUCAAGUCAAAGGUUGACCAGAUGAAGGAGAUCGUCACAGGAAACCCUACGAUCAUCAAGAUGGUGGUGAGCUUCCACCGAGGUGCGCGGGGACAGAACGCGCUGCGGCAGAUCCUGGCACCGGUCGUCAAGGAGACCAUGGACGACAAAACGCUGAACAUCAAGACCGACCCGGUGGACAUCUACAAGAGCUGGGUCAACCAGAUGGAGACGCAGACCGGAGAGGCCAGGUGA